CAAGUCUUCAAAAUUGCUAACUUUCUCGUGACUCGUUAAAAGUACUAUUCAUGCAUAAACUUUGCUUUAUGUAGACAAUGCUUGCGGAUUGCUGUAAAAAAUCGUAGAAAUGAUUGACUUUGUAACUUUGUUUACCUUAUAGGGCGGUGGGUUCUAGCUCGGUAUUUUCGAAAUGAAUGAAUGUCGAAAGGCAAACAAGAACGUGUCCUUUACCAUCAUUUAUUUGGACGCGUGUAGGAAUUUAACAUUCUUAGUAGGUAGAACUUGCUUGCGUUUACAGAGGUUUUGUAAAAUCUGAAAGCAUUGGUGAGUCGUUGAAGGGAAAAGUCAAUUUUCUUGGAAUUUAUAUAUUAAACGUACACAAAAUGUCGGAAAGAAAGGUUCUCAACAAGUACAUUCCACCUGAUUAUGAUCCUUCGGUACCUCCUCCGAAGAAAAAGAAAAGUCAAGGGCCGAAUGGAGGAAGAACGACUGUACGUCUAAUGUUACCGUUCUCUAUGAAAUGUCAUACUUGUGGUGAAUAUAUAUACAAGGGAAAGAAAUUUAACGCUCGAAAAGAAAAGACUGGGGAGAAGUACUUUUCAAUUGAUAUUUUGAGGUUUUAUAUUCGGUGUACUAGGUGUGCUGCAGAAGUUACCUUUGUUACAGAUCCCAAGCAUGCCGAUUAUGCCGCUGAAAGAGGUGCGUCUAGAAAUUUUGAACCUUGGAGGGAGGAAAAAUUACAAGCGUACGAGGAGACUGAAUUAGCAGAAAGUGGAGCCAUACCUGAAGAAGAUGAAAUGGAAAAAUUAGAACAGAGGACGAUGGAUACCAAGAGGCAAAUGCAAAUAAGUGAUGCUCUUGAUGAUUUAAGAGAAAAAAGCACAAAGCGAUCCAGGGUAAAUGUUGAUGAUGCUAUAACAUUGUUGCACGAUGAAUCAUAUGGCUCGAUGGACAAAGACGAGCGUUUACGUCGAGAGCAGGAAGAAAAGGAAAUUGAAAAAGAAGCACAGUCUUUAUUUACUUCUCAAGAUGGAGAACUAGUUCGCAGAGUUUCUACUGAUCAACAAAAUGAAUUGCCGAAAGCAGUCGAACUUGUUUCCUCUGAAUUAACAGCGUCUCCACUACCAAAAUUUCAAGCGCCUAAAAGAACUGACAGGCGGAAAGUGGAAAAAAGGAAAGUUGUCCUUUAACAUGGUUCUUUCCUUGUAAUAUCUCUUUUUUUGUUUAUAAGCUCUCUCUUUCUUUUACCUUUUUACUUUUCCGAUUUCUUGCAGGUUAGCUUGUCCAUGGCCUUUUUAUCCCUCUUCCUUGUUUACUGUUAUGUGAAAUUUCUCUGCCGGUUCAGGAAAUGUAGUCUUGCAAAUUUUGAUAAUGAUAAUCUAUAUGUCUAAUUCUUUUUGUUGUCGUUAAACUUAAUCGAGUGGUUUAUUCGUUAUGAGUAUGCUUCGAGAGUGAUAAAUAGUCGAA